UUUCCUCUGCGCUUUCUUUUUCUCUUCUCCCAAAGUCCUUUAGCUGAGAGCACAGCUCUCAACCCCUUUCUUUUCCUCAUUUGUUUUCUCCUUGUCCUUUUACUCCAUCACUGUCACUCCUUGAGCUCUCUCGCUCCCUCUUGCUCUCUCGUUCUUCACUUUGUUCAAAGCUACGUCUUGUGUAAUGUUGGUCUCUCUCAUCAUCUCGGUUGCUCUUCUCUGCAACUUUAACACCACCUGGGUGAGCGGCUUGAAUGACGAGGGCUUCGCGUUAUUGUCGUUCAAACAGAGCGUUCGCGAAGACCCGUCUGGUUCACUGAGCAAUUGGAACUCGUCCGACAAUGACCCCUGUUCUUGGAACGGCGUCACGUGUAAGGAACUCAAGGUCGUGUCUCUAAGCAUUCCGAGGAAGAAGCUCUACGGCCCUCUCGCCUCGUCUCUAGGGUUUCUCUCCAGUCUCCGCCAUCUGAAUCUCAGGAGCAACAGGUUUUAUGGGUACUUGCCGAUUCAGCUGCUCGAGCUUCAGGGCCUCCAAAGUCUGGUGCUUUACGACAAUUCGUUUUCUGGAUGGUUGCCGAACGAGUUCGGUGGGCUUAAGCUUCUUCAGACCUUAGAUUUGUCGAAAAACCUCUUCACUGGGUCGUUUCCGGCGUCGAUUCUGCAAUGCGAGAGGCUUAGAACUGUCGACGUUAGCCGAAACAACUUCUCCGGUCUUCUGCCAAAUGGGUUUGGCUCAGCAUUUGUCUAUCUGGAGAAACUUGACCUCUCCUUCAACAAAUUCAACGGCUCAAUCCCUAGUGAUAUCGGAAACCUCUCAAAUUUGCAAGGGACCAUUGAUUUCUCUCAUAACCAGUUCAGUGGCUCAAUCCCACCAGGCCUCGGCAAUCUUCCGGAAAAAGUUUACAUUGAUCUGACGUACAAUAAUCUCUCGGGUCCGAUUCCACAGACCGGUGCUCUCAUGAACAGAGGACCCACGGCCUUUAUCGGCAAUCCAGGGCUCUGUGGUCCGCCGCUGAAGAACCUCUGUCCUGGAGACAAUCCUGGUUCUUCCUCGUACCCGUUUAUCCCGAGCAACAAUCCUCCAGAGAAUUUUGACAGUAACCCUGAAACCAGAGGGAAAUUAGGUGGGUUGAGCAAAAGCACUGUCAUUGCCAUAGUUGUCUGCGAUGUAAUCGGUAUCUGCCUCGUGGGCUUGCUUUCCGCUUACUGCUACUCCAAUUUCUGCGCUCGUAACGAAGAGAACCAAUUCGGAUUCGACAAAGAACCCAACAGAACCAAAGAGUGUCUGUGUUUCCGGAGAGAUGAAUCGGAGACGCUGUCAGAAAACGUGGAACAUUGCGAUCUCGUGGUUCUGGAUGGUCAGGUGGCUUUCAACCUCGACGAAUUACUAAAGGCGUCGGCUUUCGUUCUGGGCAAGAGCGGAAUUGGGAUUGUGUACAAAGUGGUUCUCCAAGACGGGCUCACAUUGGCCGUGCGGCGAUUGGGCGAAGGAGGGUCUCAGCAAUUCAAGGAGUUUCAGACCGAAGUGGAAGCCAUUGGCAAACUCAGACAUCCCAACGUUGCCAGUCUCUGGGCUUACUAUUGGUCUGUCGAUGAGAAGUUGCUCAUCUACGACUUUUUUCCCAACGGAAACCUCGCCACCGCUCUCCACGGAAAGCCAGGGACGGGUUCAGAUUCAUUCACGCCCUUGACGUGGUCCAUGCGGUUGAGAAUAGCGAAAGGGAUAGCCAAGGGGCUGGCUUAUCUGCAUGAGUUCAGUCCCAAGAAAUACGUCCAUGGCGAUGUCAAGCCUAGCAACAUUCUUCUCGGACACGACAUGGAACCGAAAAUAUCGGAUUUUGGAGUAAUGCGUCUGGCCAACAUCGCUGGAGGAUCUUCUUCUCCGAGGCUGCAAUCAAGCAGACGCCAUGGCAAGAGCAUAUCCUCGGAUUUCACAGCAUCUUCAGGGUCGUACUAUAUGGCGCCAGAGGCCCUGAAGACAGUGAAACCGUCCCAGAAAUGGGAUGUCUACUCGUACGGAGUGAUUUUACUGGAAGUGAUAACUGGAAGAUCUCCAUUAGUUCAGGUGGGCACUUCGGAAAUGGACAUAGUUCGUUGGUUUCAGCUCUGCGUUGAUGAGAAGAAACCAUUGUCGGAUGUUCUUGAUCCUUGUCUGGUUGAUAAGGAAGAUGAGAUCCUUGCUGUUCUCAAGAUUGCCAUGGCUUGUCUGAAUAGCAGUCCCGAGAAAAGGCCUUCCAUGAGACAUGUCUCUGAUACACUUGACAAGAUCAGUAUCGGGCAGUGAGUGAUCUGAUUGAAGAAAUAUGAGAAAUCCAACUUAUUAGUCAUUUGUUUUGGAUUUUUUUUUUCUUGGAAGCGAGAGCUAACGAUUUGUGUAGUGUCA